AGCUGCAGCACAUGUCUGCUGUGCAGCGAGCGAGGACGUCUGCUGCCGCCUGAGAGAGCGACGAGAGGACGCAGGCAUGUCGGAGAGGACGCCGCCGGGCUCGGACCCGCCUCCCAAGUCGGGCCUCCGCAGCUGGAGUGCGGACAGUUACGUCUGGCGGGGGAAGAAGCGCUCCCGAAGCUCCCGCCCCGGGUCGAGUCCCGGGGGGGCGGCGGCGGCGGCAGACGGCCCGGAGGAUCCGGCCGCGCGGUCCACCUCCUGUCCGAGGCGGCGCCGGGACAGGAGGUGCAGCUGCGGCGCACUCGGGGACACGUCGGCGUCCGGCGACAGGGACUCGGCGUGUCGGAAGGCCCUGUCCCGGCGCUCUCUGCGGCAGAAGUUCCAGGACGCUGUGGGCCAGUGUUUCCCCCUGCGCCCCCACCACCACCACCACCACCAGCACCACGUCCCCCCGGGCUCCUCGCGACCCUUCUCCGUGCUCUUCUGGUCCAAGCGCAAAGUUCACGUCUCAGAGCUCAUGCAGGACAAGUGUCCCUUCUCGCCCAGAUCCGAGCUGGCCCGUUGUUGGCACCUUGUGAAAAGCCACGCCGCCCACCCAGGCGCCCUGAAGGACACGGAGGCCCCCCUCGGACCCAGCGCCUCUUCCUCCUCCGCCUCCCCGCAGCAGACCCCUCCGGCCUGGGAGGACAUCUGCUGCUCCCCCGGGCCCAGAGGCUCCAGCCUGGAGGACUGGGACCCCUCUUGUCCCCGCGGGGGGCCAGAGGGCGGCCACACCGACUACAUCCUGGUCCCGGAUCUCCUGCAGAUCAACAACAGCUGCUGCUACUGGGGCGUCCUGAACCGCUUCGAGGCGGAGGAGCUGCUGGAGGGCAAACCGGAGGGCACGUUCCUGCUGCGGGACUCCGCCCAGGACGAGUUCCUCUUCUCGGUCAGCUUCCGCCGCUACAGCCGCUCGCUGCACGCGCGCAUCGAGCAGAACGACCAGCGCUUCAGCUUCGACGUGCGCGACCCGUGCAUGUACCGGGACGCCAGCGUGACGGGCCUGCUGCGGCACUACAGCGACCCGGCCACCUGCCUCUUCUUCGAGCCGCUCCUCUCCCGGCCGCUGCCGAGGUCCUUCCCCUUCACCCUGCAGCACCUGUGCAGAGCCGUGAUCUGCAGCCGCACCACCUACCGGGGCGUGGACGACCUGCCGCUGCCUCCGCAGCUCAGGGACUACCUGCGACAGUACCACGUCAGGUGCGACGGGGCCUGCGCCGUGUGAGGGGGAAAGGUGGCGCGAUGGCUCGGCGAAGAGGCCUUUGCAGAACUCUGAGGUCCGAAAGGUGCAGCAGUGGAGACUUUGAGGUGUUUGAGGAGA